AUGAGCUCCUCAGGCUCAGCUCGCUCUGCCUCUUAUAAACCUCUUAGAAAGUCGGACAAAGAAGAACGCAAAGGGCUCUUGUCCAACACUGAAGAUGCUUUCAAUCCCGCCGAGGAAGACUGGAAAACAGAGCCCGAACUUGACGACCUCGACACAGACCGUGGCUGGUCUCGCAAGAAAAUUAUAUUUUCUGCCGUCGCGCUCAUGUUCCUACUCAUCACUGGCGUAACGGCGCGCACAUUUCUCCUCACCAACCGGAACAACCACCGUCCAGAAGACACUCACCCAAACUUACUCUUCCACGGCGACGGUUUGCGGUCCAAUGGAACGCACGACUUCAAGCGGACGGUGCUGAUAGUCUCCAUCGACGGGCUCCGGGCAGACUACCUCGACCGAGGUCUAACCCCACACCUUCUCGAUAUCAGCAAACAGGGACUCCGAGCCAAAUCUCUCAUACCUAUCUUUCCUACUCUAACUUUCCCAAAUCAUUGGGCAUUAAUGACUGGUCUAUACGCCGAAUCGCAUGGAAUUGUUGGCAAUAAUUUCUGGGACCCGAUCUCCAACUCUGAAUUCCACUACAAUCAAAUCUCGUCUGUUUGGAAUCCGACAUGGUGGCUAGGCGAACCAAUGUGGGAGACUGCUGGAAAGGCCAAGAUCAUCACAGCUAACCUGAUGUGGCCGGGUCCACCCAAGACUACCUCUAGCGCAAGCUCAACAUAUUUUGUUCCCUGGAAGGACAAAGUACCUCUCGCGGAGAAGCUGGACCAACUUCUUGCGUGGAUUGAUUUACCUCUAGAAACCCGACCACAACUCCUUAUGGCAUACGAGCCCUCUCUAGACCAAGCUGGUCACAAAGCAGGACCAAUGUCUGCGCUCGUGAACAAAACCCUCGCACAAGUUGAUAUCUUCGCAAAAGACCUCCAUAAUGCCCUUGUGGCCCGUAACCUGACCGAAAUCGUCGACAUCGUGUUCGUUUCUGAUCAUGGUAUGACGGACACAAGCCAUCCAGAGCUCAUCUACAUGGACGAUAUUCUCGGCUCGUCUGGUUACGCCUCGAUAGAACACGAAGACGGCUGGCCAGCAAUGGGUCUGCGGUUCUCUGCCUCGGCCAACGUAUCCCACAAUCUCGAGCUCUUACGUGCCGAGUCGGCCAAGAAUGGCGGUCGGAAAUUCGAGGUGUUCACGAAGGCGGAGAUGCCGAAAAGAUGGCAUUUUGCAAACAAUGAGCGCAUUGCCCCGAUUUACGUGGUCCCCAAGAUCGGUUAUGUCUUGACAUCGAAGAAGGAGGGUGAUGUGGGGAUGAGCAAAGGCAACCACGGCUAUGACAAUACCGCACAUUCCAUGCAGGCGAUGUUUGUUGCCCACGGACCGUUCUCUUCUGUCGUCAAAGUUCUUCAUCAAGGUCGCUCAAGUCACUUGAAGCGCAUUUUCGGUUUAUCGCGACCUAACAAAGGCUGGCAUUCAACGUCUGCCGACACGUAUGUGAUGGAGCCGUUCGAGAAUGUGCAAAUCUACAGUUUAGUCAUGCGGUUGUUGGGUGUGGACAAAGUUGCGCCAACCAACGGAUCUACAGCGUUUUGGGACAAGUACUUUUGA